CAUGUUGGUAAACUAAACCUUUUUAUAUAUGGAAGGAAAAUCUAGACUCGGCACCAUACCUUCUGGUGAAAGCUGGUAAUUUAGCUGUGCUGUCAGACUGAGGUUAUGGAGGGGUGUCGAAUGUGGUCAGCCCAUUACUGCAUGUUCCUGUCGAGGCUAAAAUGAAUCAUCUGUGGACACUUUACUGUUUACCUUGGACGAGCGCAUCAGGACCUGAGUGUUUCAGUGUUUAGUGUGAAGUUGUCCACGGUGCCAUUUGGACUGUGUCUAUCGCCUCUAUCCCAACCGCUGCACCUAAUGUGUGAAAAUGAUCAUGCUCUCCGUUAGCACAAAUUAAUCCAUGAGUCUCAUUGUUAUAUAGAUUGACCUAAACCAGUUGAAGAACCUCAUAAUAGAUUUAUUGCUCAUCUGUGUGGUUUCCUCAAAAAGAAAAGGAAGUUUGUCAGCUUGUUUCACCUCACAGUGAAAAUCCCAUGUUGGUUCCACUCUGAGCUGGGUGCAAAGGGUGAGUGUGACGACUCGCACACUCCACAGUUCAUGAACAGUAUGUAAGCAGAGAAUGUAAAGAUUCCCAUAUUGUUCUCUCCUUGGAGUUCAUAUUUGUUUUAAUAUGUGGAUGCUAGUGGAGCCUGGCCAAACAUGGUUGUCUCUGGCUUGACCCGUCUAUCAACUCUGUUCCCUGCCAAAUCGCGUCCAAGAUACGUGCACACUGUCCUCAACGUCUUCUAAAUCAGUUCAUCAAAAAUGUUUUAAGAUGAGACUUUUUCUCAUUUUUCAAGCUUUCUGUACUGGAAUUUCUUUCUUUUUUAGGUUGCAUGGGAAUCGCUUCUUUUUGCUCAGUCUGCAGACAGUUUUGAGAGAGAGAGGAGACAAGGAGGAGCGAGGCGUGUCUGUGCUUCAUGGUAUAAUGAUGGAGUACCUUUAUUAGCAUGGUGAGAGUUUAUUUUUUCAACCUGUCCACCUCCCAGAUUUUCCUUCCAUGCUCUUUCUUUUCUCCUCAUUCACAAAAUGAACAUCUAAUACUAAGCACAAGGAUUUUUAGAAAAAGGAUUUAUUUGACAAAAAUUUUUUUUUUUUUGUCCUUUGGAAUUACGUUGAACUUUGUGAUAUUUUUUGUUGUUGUUUUGUUUUAUUGCCUCAAGGCUGGUAGAAACGUAGGACCUAAACCGAAGAGUAAAUGAGCAAAAAUCUAAUAAUGCAAGUUCAGAGCAUGUGGAUUGUGAUCAUUUGUGUGAGCGGCACAAUUUAUUGUGGGGAAACCGAAGAAUUAUCGCAUGACCUGAAUGCAAUCCUGGAAAUAAACUCUGAUGCACCUGAAAUAGAAAUGGCUACCAGUCAUCCAUCAGGGACUGAUUCAGGGGAAAGAGUUUUGGAUCAGCUUAUCACUGAAGUGCAGUCUCAACUGGAAUCAGAAAGAAAGACAGGUCAGAGGAAAGCUGGUCGUAAAAAGCUGGAGGUUGUCAGAGGAAGGAGAAGUGCUUGGGGGAGGAGGAGGCACGCUGCUACAGCAGAGGCCGCUGCGUAUCGAAUAGCCGGAUUAAGGCAACCUCUGAAAGGCUGGAGACAGAGUGCAAAGGGAGAGAUGGAAACCAGCCUCCUUAUGGCAACACUGAAGGAACUUUAUGUGGAAAAGAAACGACUGAUGGAUAAUGGAAAAACACAAGAGGAAGAGGAGGAGGAAGAAGAAGAAGAGGAGGAGGACAGCGAUGAGGAGGAGGAAGAUGAUGACGAUGAUGACGACGAGGAUGAUGAAGAAGAAGAGGAAGAGGAAGAAGAGGAGGAGGAGGAGGAGGAAGAAGAAGAAGAGGAGGAGGAGGAGGAAGAAGAAGAAGAAGAAGAGGAGGCGUCCACAGAGCCUCCUACUAAUCAAACAGAAACUCGGUACAACUCUACUGGACCUCCAGCUGAAUGCCAGACUGCAGACGCAGAGAUAAGCUGCAGGGGUGUCGGGAUGACUCACCUGCCAGUUUUCCAGAACCUGGGAGUGACAAAGCUUGACUUGGGAGAAAACAACAUCAGAAUCAUCAGUCCACAAAGUUUAUUUGGGCUGCGAAACCUGGGUGAACUGGAUCUGAGCCAGAACCAACUGGACGACGAGACGUUUGGCCAGAACUGCCUGCUUAACUUGACCUUUUUGAGAAAACUGGAUCUUGGCGACAACCAGAUCUCCAGAAUUCCAGCACUGCCAGCAUCUCUAGAGGAGCUCAAGAUUAAUAAGAACAAACUCACUGUUCUCACGGAUCAUUGCUUCCAAGGUGUGAAAAACCUGUUGAAGCUGGAGCUAAGGAUGAACACCCUUUAUGAAGCCAGCGUGUCACCUGCAGCUUUUCGACCUCUGCAGAAGCUCCUGGAGCUGCGGCUGGACAACAACCGCUUCCGGUCCCUCCCUCUGGGCCUUCCUUCGUCUCUUCAGGUGCUGAAAGUGAAUGGAAACCUGAUUGAAGAGGUGGCCGUUGAGGCCUUAAGGGACUGCAUUCAUCUGAAAGUGCUGGAUCUGAGUCAUAACUAUAUCCACGAUCAAAGCAUCAAUAGCAACUCCUGGACCCGUCUUAGAUCUCUGGAAGAGUUGGACCUGUCGCACAACCGCCUCACCUCCAUCCCUGUGAAUCUGCCUCGCUUCCUCCGUAAACUGAUCCUGCAGCACAACAGCAUACGUCACAUUCCUGCCUUCGCAUUCCGCCACAUGCGUGCUGGCCUGCAGUCCCUUCAUCUGUCCCACAACGAACUGAGCACCGAGGGUGUAGAGCGGCAUUCCUUCGUUGGAACCUACCGCUCCAUGCGCGAGCUCCUACUUGGCAGCAACAGACUGCAGGACAUUCCCAGAUGUGUCAGGCAGUUCAAGAACCUGCAGGUGCUGAGACUGGAAAACAACCAGAUCAGGCAGGUGGAGCAGUGGGCAGUGUGCCACCCUGGUAAUUCUGGCUUCACCUUGGUUUCUGUCCACCUGGAAUAUAAUCUCCUGGAAGAGGAGACGAUUCCCCCGGAGGCUUUCUCCUGUGUGACUGACACACAGGGACUGGUCCUGUAUCCACAGCAGGGCAAACGUACAUGAACUGACACAUAUGCUGUGCACAAGCACGACAAACAGCAAUACAGUUCUCUACAGCUUCUGUCAUUUCUGACAUCUUUAUAUUCACCAUGGUAUCAGAAAACAUUUACAACUUAAUUAGCUAAGUCAGUAAAUCCAUUUCUAAGUAGUAAAUGUAGUAUUUUGGCAUGCAAUAAAGAAAAUAUGAAACCUCA